UUUAAGGCUCUGCCCACUGUGAGCUCCUUUUUCUAAGAUUUUGAAGGCUUCAUGCAUUCUCCGUGGUGAUCGAGGAUAUAAUUUUGGGGAAAUUAGUCAAGAAUUAUUUUCUUUUAAAUAAUUUAAACCCAGCGAAAUCGAAAGAGUUUGUGACAUGUUUCAUUGUGACUUUGGUCAAGCCUCGAAUUUGAUCUCACGCAGUCAAAUUUGAACUCCGGUCCUGUUAUUUACGGAUUCACGCAGGAUUUUUAAAAACAAAGAUCAUCAGACAUGUCUGCAGGAAUAUGCAUAUUUCUUUGUUCGAUUCUGCUGCUUGCUGGCGUGUUUGUGUCCGUGUGUGCAGAGGACAAAAGCAUCACAGUUCAGUCUGGACAGAACGUCAUUCUACCAUGUCAAGCUCCAAAUGAUAAGGGUUCCAUCCGAGUGGUAAAGUGGACCAAACCUGACCUACAAAAGAAAAUAGUACAUUUGUAUGUGGAUCGGCGAUUUGAUCUCGAGGAUCAGAAUCCAUCUUUUAAGAACCGGGUGGAUCUGCAGGACAGAGAGAUGAAAAAUGGAGACGUGUCUUUGAUUCUGAACAAUGUGACGAUUAAUGAUGCAGGAACAUACGAAUGUAGUGUUAUCCAGAAAAAAGACCUCAGCCCUUCCACCACUACUAUAACUCUUGACCUGAGAGUUAUUAAUUCUAAAGGUCAGACAUUCCUACCACUACAGAAAAUUUAA